UUUAAUAUAUUACUCCUUACUCCUUAGGCUAUAUUUCUAGUAUAAUAGGGUUUUACAAACAUCCUGUGACUGUGACUGACUCUGUGACUUUGUCUUCGCCCUUGUCCUCACUUACUUAGGGUUGCCGUUAGGGUUUCGUUUUUCUAGGCGAUAAUGAUGUAUGGCGAUCCUCAGCAGCAGCAGCAACAGCAACAACAACAACAUGGUGGUGGUGGAGAUUUUAACAGGGGGCCUCCAAACCCAAUGAUGCGUCAGCCUUCUGCUUCUUCUACUAAUCUCGCUCCUCCUGAGUAUCACCAUCCUUCUACCCCUGGUCCUCCCAUGCCUUCUUAUGACGCUCAUGCUGAUGGCUUUGCCGCAAAAAGGAUGAGAAAACUUACACAGAGGAGGGCCGUGGACUACACUAGCACUGUCGUUCGGUAUAUGCAGAUUCGUAUGUGGCAACGGGAUUCAAGAGAUAGGACAAUAUUGCAGCCAACUCCAGCAGCGGCUAUAGAUAUGUUGCCAACGGGGGCCUAUGCAGACAAUCCUUCUACUAGUUUCGCUGCAAAGUUUGUACAUACUUCUCUAAACAAAAAUCGUUGCUCCAUUAACCGCGUUCUUUGGACUCCUACAGGAAGGCGGCUGAUCACUGGAUCUCAAAGUGGGGAAUUCACUCUUUGGAAUGGACAGUCAUUUAAUUUUGAAAUGAUUCUUCAGGCCCAUGACCAAGCAAUCAGAUCAAUGGUAUGGAGUCACAAUGAUAACUGGAUGGUCUCAGGUGAUGAUGGAGGCGCAAUAAAAUAUUGGCAGAACAACAUGAAUAAUGUGAAGGCAAAUAAAACUGCUCAUAAAGAGUCAGUUCGGGACUUAAGCUUUUGUAGGACAGACUUGAAAUUCUGCUCCUGUUCAGAUGACACUACUGUGAAAGUGUGGGACUUUGCUCGGUGUCAAGAAGAACGCUCGUUAACUGGCCAUGGUUGGGAUGUGAAGAGUGUUGACUGGCACCCUACGAAGUCUUUACUCGUCUCAGGUGGGAAAGACAGUCUAGUCAAACUAUGGGAUGCUAAAUCAGGGAGGGAGCUCUGCUCUUUUCACGGUCAUAAAAAUGUUGUCCUUUGUGUCAAAUGGAACCAAAAUGGUAACUGGGUACUGACUGCUUCGAAGGAUCAGAUUAUAAAGCUUUAUGACAUAAGGGCUAUGAAGGAGCUUCAAUCUUUCCGUGGACAUCGAAAGGAUGUGACUACUUUGGCUUGGCAUCCGUUUCAUGAAGAAUACUUUGUCAGUGGAAGUUACGAUGGAUCCAUGUUUCAUUGGCUUGUGGGGCAUGAAACCCCACAGAUUGAAAUUCCUAGUGCACAUGAUAACAGUGUGUGGGAUCUUGCGUGGCAUCCUAUUGGAUAUCUUCUUUGCAGUGGCAGCAAUGAUCAUACAACAAAGUUCUGGUGCCGAAAUCGGCCAGGAGAUACAGCUCGUGAUAAUAAAUUUAAUAUGGGUCAAAAUCAAGGUUAUGGGGAGCAAAAUCCUGCUCUUGCUGGACGCUUUCCUGGUAACUUCCCAGUUUCUGAUGGUCCAACAACACCUGGACCAUUUCCUCCGGGGUUGACUAGAAAUGAGGGAACCAUUCCGGGUGUUGGAGUUGCUAUGCCAUUAUCCAUUCCAUCACUUGAUCCAUCAGCACAGGGAGAUCAAAAGCAUCACCCAAUUUCAAUGCCUCUUGGGGCUCCUCCUCUUCCACCCGGACCUCAUCCGUCCCUUAUGGCUGCAAAUCAGCAACAAUCGUACCAACAAAAUCUUCAACAUAUGCCUCAACAACAACAUCAGCAACACCACCAAGCACUCCCUCAGCAAAUGCCCCCUAUGCCCAUGCCACCUAAUAUGCAACAACUGCAACCUCCUUCUCAUUUACCUUUACUCCCACAUCCCCAUUUAACUCGUCCACCACCUCAAAUGCCCCCUCAUGGUAUGUCAUCCUCAAUACCUGGAUCCUUGCCAAUGCCAUCCUCGGUCCCCUCACAUUCGAUGCCUGGUCCCAUGGGAAUGCAAGGUACGAUGAAUCAGAUGGUACCUAUGCCACAAGGGCAUUAUAUGGGCAUGAACCAGAUGCACUCUGGAUCCUUGCCUACAAAUGGUCCUCAACAGGUUGGUGGCUUCCCAAAUGGGAUGCCAAACAUGCAGGGCCCAUCAAAUGCAAGUGGCGGCCCAAUGUAUCCACAGGGUGGUGCUUUUAAUCGAGCGCAAGGUGGGCAAAUGCAUAUGAUGCAGGGGUAUAAUCCUUACCAGGAAAGCUUUGUUUGCAGUGUUUGAAGUGUAGAACAGAACUGCAUAUAUACAUGGCUCGUUAAUUAUAUGUCUGGGAAUCAAUCUGGUAUGCCACAAUCUCAACAAGGUCCACCCCCUCAUGGCCAACCCCCUCCUCAAUAGUGUUUUCAACUCUUUUCCCCUUUUUUCUUUAUAUCAUAUGGAAUGAUAGGGGGGGGUUCACAUCCAAGUGUCAGAAUGGACUUAAAGUAUCCUUCUAGAUUCAAUUCAUGUACAUUUUGACAUUUUUCCCCCAUUGUUGUAGUUUGUAGGAUGUAGCCUCUUUGACAAAAUAUAUGGAUAUUUUGUACUUUAAUUUUUUAAAUUAUUAUUAUUAUUAUUAUUAUUAUUAUUAUUAUUUAUUUCUGGCUGAACCUGGAGAUAUAAUGCUGUUGUUACUGUGAUAGUUGAAGGAAUAUUUUGUGAUUUUUACACAGAAUACCUAAAUUAGCACUUUGUAUGCAUUUUUACUAUUGGGUGGAGAAUUUAAUAUUUA